AAAGCGGAUCUCAGUGAGGGAGUGGGAGCAGUUCUCCGCACCGCACAUGUGCAUCACCAGGCAAAGGCACCUUUAAGAUCUCGUUUCUCGCAACAGUAACUGCAACACGACUGUCUUCGAUGGAGGGGAUUAUUUUUUUUUUUAGCAUUUUGUGAAUAAGCCGAGGGGAUACAAAGUUAAGCCGUUCACACUUUUGUGGUUCCGAUAAAUCAGCACUUUCUUUAUUUAUUGCCUCAAAGCGGCCGUCACAGCUCGUCGAAAGCGUGAGAGAAAAUGAUGAACAACAGAGAUCGCUGGAGGGUGUACAAGAAGGUCAGUGUCAUGUUUUUGCUGGCUGUGUUGGCGCUGACUGUUGUCCAGAGAGGGAGCAUCAACAUGGGAACUGCCUUCGAAAUCGAGAGGCAGGCUCGCAUGGAUACCUCUGAGGGAGCGGAGCUGGGAGAGAAAAGUGACUCAUAUUUGGGGCUAAAAGGCUUCUGGAAAGCCAGUAAACACCAGCCACAGCCCAAAACCCGGGCCACCACACAGGGGCCCAGAAUCACUGAAAACAGCAGCCCCAGAACCUGGGAUGUAACUAGCUCCAACUGUAGCGCCAACCUCAACCUCACUAGCCAGGACUGGUUCAAGAGCCUGGAGGACACUUUCAAGCAGUUCAUGCUUUAUCGACACUGCCGCUACUUCCCCAUGCUCCUCAACCACCCAGAGAGGUGCACAGGGGACAUAUAUUUACUCAUGGUAAUUAAAUCAGUUGCCACCCAGCACGACCGCAGGGAGGUGAUCCGAAAAACCUGGGGCAAAGAGCAGGUGUUGGAUGGCAAGAGGAUAAAGACCCUCUUCCUUCUUGGUAAACCCUCCAAUGAGGUGGAGAGAGCGAACCACCAGAAGCUUGUGGAGUACGAGGACUACAUCUAUGGGGAUAUCCUCCAGUGGGAUUUUUUGGAUAGCUUCUUCAACCUCACACUUAAAGAGACUCACUUCCUCAAGUGGUUCCACAUUUACUGUCCCAGUGUGCGCUAUGUAUUUAAGGGGGAUGAUGAUGUGUUUGUCAGCGUGGAGAACAUCUUUGAGUUCCUGGAAAGCAGCAACCAUGACAAGAAUCUGUUUGUUGGGGAUGUGAUUUUCAAGGCUAAGCCCAUUCGUAAAAAAGAAAACAAAUACUACAUACCCCAGGCUCUGUAUAACAAGACCCUAUACCCUCCAUAUGCAGGCGGAGGUGGUUUUCUGAUGGAUGGGACCUUAGCGAGGAGGCUUCACUGGAUCUCAGACACCGUGGAGCUCUACCCGAUCGAUGACGUCUUCUUGGGCAUGUGUCUGGAGGUGCUUCAGGUCACUCCUAUAAAACAUAAUGCCUUUAAGACGUUUGGCUUGGUGAAAAAUAAGAACAGUAAGUUGAACCGAGAACCUUGUUUCUUUAAGAGCAUGAUUGUGGUGCACAAGCUGCUCCCAUCGGACCUCAUGCAUAUGUGGAAUCUGGUUAACAGCGACCUAGUCUGCGCACAGAAAGUAGAGAUCCUAUAGCUUCACGAAAACACCAGGUAAGGACAGCACCAUCAAGCUGAGCUAAACCUUGGUGGAUACCAAUAGGAAGUACAAUACAAUGCUUGAGAGCUGAAGGCAAACUUCCCAGUAAACUCUCCUUUAUGUGGAGAGGCUGCUGCACCAAUGGGCACACUAAGGAGGACAUUUAUUUGCUCUACAAUUACAGACUUUGUAUUCAUUCCAUUGAAUAAUAAUUUGUUGUGGACCAUGCUGCAAAAUAUUUAAAUUUCUUCCUCUCCUAUGCGGCCAACACCCAUUCUUCCUCUUCUGCUUUGAAAUGGUGGAGGUUUUUCAUUGGCCAGGAGCAAUACUGCAGUGAGCUGUCACGAAAACACCAAUGACAGCAAAUCCAUUAAUGUGAAUACGGUUUAAAAAUUUUUGGUAAAAAACUUCUUGAGCGGAGAAGUGGUAAACAAAACCACGAAAAUGUUGUAACUGCUGUAGCAUACUGUGUGUUCGGAUCAGCCAAAGGGAAAUAAUGUUUGGAUUAGUCUUUACGUGAAAUUAUAAGGGCAGUUAGUAUUGUGUUCAAAAGCCAUUGCACAUGUGGCCGUUACGCUAGCAUUUUGGGUUUGUAAUAAGUGUUACACAUUUCUUGGUGUUACAGGUAUGGUAUGCUGCAGAGUUGUCAAAUGGUUUCAAGUAAGAGAAAGAAACAACUCUCUCUACCUCAGUAAUUUGGUCAAGAAACUUUUAAUUCCAUCAUUUGUCACAUUUUUUACUUAAAUGUAACCAUGACACCAUUAUCUGCAUAUACAGUACACACACACACACCUUAAAGAACUAUUUGAAUCGUUUUUUGUAUCAUAGAGGUCCUUGCACUCAUUUAUAUGGAAUGUGACUGACUUGAUCUGGACUUCCACUACUCCUAUACUACUGGAAACCUUUUUAAAAUGUCUAAACUUGAUACAUGUAUGCUGUCUGUGGAUUUGAAUGCGCUGAUAUACUUGACAUGAAUUCGGUAGAGGGUUUACAUUGACACUGUGAACUAAAACUAUUGCUGGUACGUGCGUAUGACAUGUUAAUUUAAUUGUCCCCCAGUAAGGGGGGGGGGCAAAUGUGGAGUUCUUUUAUUUAAUUUAAAGCAAGAGAUGAGCAUAGUAAUGUAAUGUUCAAUGAUCAUAAAGCUGAACGUUGCGGGUGUAGUAGGUGAUGAUUAUGUCUGGAUGAUGUAAAUAUAUGUUUUUAAAAAAUGUACAUAGAUUGUCAUCUGUAAAUAAACAUAUUGACAAUA